AUGGUGUUGCGUGAUCAGUUUCCAUGGAGGCGCCCAGAGAAGCCGAGUGGCAGUGCCUUGAAGGCUGAACUGGGACACCAGCCCAUGGGGCCAGAGGAUAUACGCUCCGAUGUUCCUUUCCCUUCUGUAAAAUGGGCCACGUCUCCGGCUGCAGGGAAGGCUUACGAGAUCACCUAUGUGAGGCUGAAGUUCCACACCAGCCGCCCCGAGAGCUUCGCCAUCUACAAGCGGAGCUACGCCGGCGGCCCGUGGGAGCCCUAUCAGUUCUACAGCGCGUCCUGCCAGAAGACCUACGGCAGGCCCGAGGGCCAGUACCUGCGGCCUGGCCAGGACGAGCGCGUGGCCUUCUGCACCUCUGAGUUCAGCGACAUCUCCCCACUGAGUGGGGGCAACGUGGCCUUCUCCACCCUGGAGGGCCGGCCCAGCGCCUACAACUUCGAGGAGAGCCCUGGGCUGCAGGAGUGGGUCACCAGCACUGAGCUCCUCAUCUCUUUGGACCGGCUCAAUACGUUUGGGGACGACAUCUUCAAGGACCCCAAGGUGCUCCAGUCCUACUAUUAUGCCGUGUCCGACCUCUCUGUGGGCGGCAGGUGUAAAUGCAACGGGCACGCCAGCGAGUGUGUCCCCGACGAGAUGGGCCGCCUGGCCUGCCGGUGUCAGCACAACACCACGGGCCCCGACUGCGAGCGCUGCCUGCCCUUCUUCCAGGACCGCCCGUGGGCCCGGGCCACCGCCGAGGCUGCCCACGAGUGUCUGCCCUGCAACUGCAGCGGCCGCUCCGAGGAGUGCACCUUUGACCGGGAGCUCUUCCGCAGCACGGGCCACGGCGGGCGCUGCCACCGCUGCCGUGACCACACGGCCGGGCCACACUGCGAGCGCUGCCAGGACAACUUCUAUCACUGGGACCCGCGGACACCGUGCCAGCCAUGUGACUGCCACCCUGCAGGCUCCCUGCACCUCCAGUGUGAUGACACGGGCACCUGCGCCUGCAAGCCCACCGUGACGGGCUGGAAGUGUGACCGCUGCCGGCCCGGGUUCCACUCGCUCAGUGAGGGAGGCUGCAGGCCCUGCACCUGCCAUCCCGCUGGUAGCCUGGGCACCUGCAACCCCCGCAGCGGGCGCUGCCCCUGCAAGGAGAAUGUGGAAGGUCAUCUGUGUGACAGAUGUCGCCCGGGGAUGUUCAACCUGCAGCCUCACAACCCUGCCGGCUGCAGCAGCUGCUUCUGCUACGGACACUCCAAGGUGUGCGCAGCUGCCGCCGGGUUCCGGGUACACCCCAUCAUCUCGGACUUCCGCCAGGGAACCGAGGGUUGGCUCACCAGAGGUGUGGGGGGCUCUGAGCAGCCCCCACGAUGGAGCCGGACUGGGGUCCUCCUGAGUCCAGGAGAGGAGGCGCUCACAGCACCAGAGAAGUUCCUGGGAGACCAGCGGCUCAGCUAUGGGCAGCCCCUCACCUUGACCUUCUGGGUGCCCCCCGAGGAUUCCCCACCCCCUGUGCAGCUGAGGCUGGAAGGGGCGGGCUUGGCCCUCUCUCUGAAGCUCUCCAACCCAAACAGCCCCCAGGACGCCAGGCAGCCUGGGAAGGCACAGCUCAGGUUCCACCUGCAGGAGACCUCCGAGGACGCGGACCCUCCACUGCCCCCCUUCCACUUCCAGCGGCUCCUGGCCAACCUGACCAGCCUGCACCUCCAUGUCAGCCGCAACCCAGGCCCUGCCGGCCGGGUGUUCCUGACUGAAGUCCGGCUCACGUCAGCCCGGCAAGGGCUUUCCCCGCCAGCCUCCUGGGUGGAGACUUGCUCGUGUCCCAAGGGCUACACGGGCCAGUUCUGUGAAUCCUGUGCUCCAGGAUACAAGAGGGAGAUACCACGGGGCGGCCCCUAUGCCAACUGUGUGCCCUGCACCUGUCACCAGCAUGGCACUUGUGACCCCAACACAGGGAUCUGCGUGUGCAGCCACCACACCGAGGGCCCGUCCUGUGAGCGCUGCCGGCCAGGUUUCUACGGCAACCCCUUCAGAGGCCAAGCGGACGACUGCCAGCCCUGCCCCUGCCCAGGACGGUCUGCCUGCACGACCAUCCCAGAGAGCGGGGAGGUGGUGUGUACCCACUGCCCCCCAGGCCAGAGAGGGCGGCACUGUGAGAUCUGUGAUGAUGGCUUUUUUGGGGACCCGCUGGGGCUCUCUGGGGUCUCCCGGCCCUGCCGCCAGUGCCAGUGCAGUGGGAACGUGGACCCCAACGCUGUGGGCAACUGCGACCCCUUGUCUGGCCGCUGCCUGCGCUGUCUGUACAACACUACGGGUGACCGCUGUGAGCGCUGCCAGGAAGGCUUCUACGGGAAUGCCCUGGCCCCCCGGCCCGUGGACAAAUGCGCGCCCUGCAGCUGCCACCCUGGGGGCUCAGUCAGUGAGCAGACACCCUGCGACCCGGUGACGGGCCAGUGCUCCUGCCUGCCUCGUGUGACCGGCCGGGACUGUGGCCGCUGCAGCCCCGGCUUCUUCAACCUCCAGCCUGGGAGGGGCUGCCAGAGCUGCAAGUGUCACCUGCUGGGCUCCCAGGAGGACCGGUGCCACCCCAAGACUGGACAGUGUCCCUGCCGCCCAGGCAUCACAGGCCAGGCCUGUGACAGAUGCCAGCUGGGUUUCUUCGGCUUCUCCAUCAAGGGUUGCCGGGCCUGCAGGUGCUCCCCGCUGGGCUCUGCCUCUUCCCAGUGCCACGAGAACAGCACAUGUGUGUGCAAGCCUGGCUUCGUGGGUUACAAGUGUGACCGCUGCCAACACAACCAUUUCCUCACGGCCGGCGGCACACAGUGCCAGGAGUGCCCACCCUGCUACGCCCUGGUGAAGGAGGAGGCAGCCAAGCUGAAGGCCAGACUGACUUUGAUGGAGGGGUGGCUACAGGGGUCGGACUGUGGCAGUCCCUGGGGACCCCCAGACAUUCUGCAGGGAGAGGCCCCAUGGGGAGACCUCUACCAGGGCCUCCACCUGCUGCCAGGGGUCCGAGAAGCCUUCCUGGAGCAGACGACAGGCCUCGAGGGAACUGUGAAGGCUGCCCGGGAGCAGCUGCGGGCGCUGAGCAAGGGUGCCCACUGUGCCCAGGCCAGUGCCCAGAAGACCUGCAUCCAGCUGACUGACCUGGAGGCGGCACUAGAGUCCUCAGGGGAGGAGAUCCUGCACGCAGCCUCCGUUCUCACGUCUCUGGUGAUUCCUCAGGAAGGGUCCGGCCAGCCCACCAACUGGAGCCAUCUGGCCACAGAGGCCCGCGUCCUUGCCAGGAGCCACAGAGACACCGCCGCCAAGAUCAAGGCCACUGCCCGGAGGGCCCUACUGGCCUCCAACACCAGUUACACGCUUCUCUGGAGUCUGGUGGAGGGAAGGGCAGCCCUGGAGGCUCAGCGGGAACUGGAGGACAGGUACCAGGAGGUCCAGGUGGCCCAGAAAACGCUGGGCACGGCUGUGGCAGAGCUGCUACCCGAAGCAGAGAGGGUGCUGACGGCCUCACGCCCAGCCUUGCUGGCUGCCCCUGCAGCACCGACUCAGAAGUCCCGGGCUGAGGACAUGGACCUGAAGGGGAAGGCCUUGGAGAAGACAGUUGCAUUGAGAGAGCGCCUGGCCACCGAGGCUGUCCAGGCCCUCCAGUCCACCGCCCAGGCGGCGCUGCAGAAGACGGAACCCUUCACAAAGCUGCGCCAGGAGGCCAGAGCCGCCCUGACCCGGGCAUCCUCGUCUGUCCAGGCUGCUACAGUGACCGUCACGGGAGCCAGGACCCUGCUGGCCGACCUAGAAGGGAUGAAGCCGCAGUUUCCUGAGCCCAAGGACCAGACUGCGCUGCAGAGGAAGGCGAGCAACGUCAGGUUCAGGCUCCUUGCAGACACGGGAAAGAAGACCAGGCAGGCGGAGAGGAUGCUGGGAAACGCGGCGCCUCUCUCCUCCAGCGCCAUGAAGAAGGGCCGAGAGGCUGAGCUGUUGGCGGAGGACAGUGCCAAGCUCGCCAAGGCCUUGCUGAGGGAGGGGAGACAGGGGCACCGCCGUGCCAGCCGCCUCACCAGCCAGAUGCAGGCCACGCUCCGACAGGCCUCCCGCCAGGCGGCGGCCUCUGGAGCGCGCAGACAGGAGCUGGAGGAAGCUGAGCGGGUGGGCGCUGGGCUGAGCGAGAUGGAGCGGCACAUCCAGGAAUCUCGUGUCUCCCUGGAGAAGGACAUCCGGGCCUUGUCAGAGCUGCUUGCCAGGCUGGGAUCGCUGGACACCCGUGGGGCCUCAGCUCAGACCCUGAACGAGACUCAGCGGGCACUGGAACGCCUGAGGCUGCAGCUGGGCUCCCCAGGUGCCCUGCAGGGGAAACUGAGCCUGUUGGAGAGAGAGUCGGAGCAGCAGGAGCUGCAGAUCCAGGGCUUCGAGAGUGACCUCGCCGAGAUCCGCGCUGACAAGCAGAACCUGGAGGCCAUUCUGCACAGCCUGCCCAAGAACUGUGCCAGCUGGCAGUGAGGGCUGCCCACACCCCCGGCACCUGUUCCCUCACCUGCUGUUUACACGGCCCAGGGCAGGCACGCCCCCCCACAGGUGUGCCCAUGCAGGCACGCCCUCAGAGCCGGCUGCCGUGGACUCUUCUGUGUGAGUAGUCACUUCCCGCAGAGCUUGUCUGUAGCCUCUCCCGGCCAGCAGGAGUGAGUGUGC